AUGAAGACAAAGUUUAGAAUAAUUGCUUUGUGCUCUUUAGAAGACAUCAACAAGAUUUCUGAGGCAAUUAAAUCAAGAUUCAACAUCAUUACGGUCAAGAAAUACACUAAUAAAGAAGUACAAGAAAUCACAGGAUUCUCCGAUAAUUAUGUUGAGAAAUUUGAUUUCCAUAAAUUGAUUCUAAUGAAAUCAAUCAUUGAAAAAAUCAAAACAAUCCACAGUAGGGAUCGCAACACUUCAGAAGAAAUUCCAAGAGAGAUAUUGGAAGAACAAGCAGCAAGAAUUGUAGGUAAAGAAGAUCCUGAACGUCAAAACGGCAUAACACCUUUGAAACUAGAAAAUGGUAUCUUGAAAUCCGAUAAUGAUUAUAUCCUUUCAUUUUCUUCAUCUGAUCUGACGAAAACAAACAUUGUUUUCACUAAAACAACUCAAACAAUGUGUGACAGAAUCUUCUCUGCUUUGUCGCUCGAUAUUCCAAUCAUUAUUCGUGGACCAUCAGGAACAGGGAAGUCAUUAGUUGCUGAUUAUGUUGCCAAUUUGAUGCAGGAUUUCGCUAAUAAGCAAAAUGUUAUCAGAAUCCAAUUAUCUGGAUCAACAACAGUUGAAGAUUUGUUUGGAAGAUAUUCAAUUAAAAAUGAUAAUGAAAGCAAUACUUUCGAUUACAUUCCGACAAAACUUUUCAAUGCUGUCAGUGAAAAAUCAUAA